UCAAAAUACAUUCAUUGUUGUGGAGACGGUCGACGACGCGACAACGUAUUGCUUUAUCGUAACUUGUGUGUGUGCUAAAUAAAAACACUUAUUUUUUGCAAAAAAAUAUAGAUAUUUUUACAUUUUAACAACAACAAAUAACGAGAUAUUAAGAAAAUUUAUUAUUACAACGAAACGUAAUUAACAAAAAUGUAAUAAAUAUAGUGAAAAUGAGUGUAUGAAAGGGAACGAGUGUGGCGAAAAAGUCAAGAAGAAAGAAAGAAUAUUUUACAUACUGUACAGUGCAUUGUGUGGAAAAUUCAAUAAAACGUAUUAUUAUUAGUAGUAAAACAACAAAAAAAAUUAUUGGUGUUGCUAUUCUUUGUUCUUUUUUCCCUUCUUUGCUCUGUUUCCUGCAAUUUUAUAUUACGCUUUCAUUUCGGUAAUUUAUAUUUACAAAACCAACAAGAUACACAUAAAAACACACAAAAAAUCAACAACAAAACUAAACCAGCAGCCUCCUACAAAAUUAAACAACAACAAAUGUAUACAAAUGUCAAACAAACAACAACAAUAAUAAUAACAACGAUAACUGAGUAAAUGAUAAACAAGUCGACAUCCAAAGAAAGAAUUGUAAAAAACAACAACAAAACAAACAAUAUUAUCAAUUUGAAAUAAAAUAAUUUUCGAAAUAAACAAAAAACAAAAAAAUGAAAUAAAUUAUACGACAAAGAAAGAUGCAGUUAUUGAAUAAUUGUCAAUUUGUACUGACGUGUAUCAUCAUUGCAAAACGCCUUUUAAUACUUCCAGACGAUAAUGAAUGUAAAAAACCGAGUUAUUAAAAUUAUUAACGAUAAUUAAUUAAACAAUCUAAACAUAUCCAUCCAACUAUUAAACUCAAAACAACAGAAUAAAUCUACAACAAAUUAAAUUUAUUACUUUGCUGCUGCUCUAUUAAAGAAUCAAUUUACAAACAUGGAUUGGAUAAUAAACGAUGAAAUGGGUUUGACCGUUGGUCAUGUUGUUGGAUGGGCUGCUGCAUCCGCCAUGGUUAUUGGCGGUGUCAUUCCCUAUGUACCACAAUAUCUGGAGAUCAAGAAGACCCAGGAUGCGGAUGGCUUCUCUUUGCAUGUGUGUUUUGCUCUACUAAUUGCAAAUUCAUUGCGUAUAUUAUUUUGGUUUUCCAAACGUUAUGAGCUUCCUCUGCUCGUCCAGAGUGUAGUAAUGAAUGUUACAAUGUUCCUAAUGAUACAUUUGUGCGUUAAGGUAAAACGUGGUAAUGCGAAUAACAGAGAACGCACAUUUUUAGGUGAUGAUCUGCGUCUACCGAAAGCGGUCAUGACAGACACUGAUACAGCGGGCUCAGUUUCGAUAUCAACGGAAGCUGGUCCAUUAAAACGUGCCCGUUCACGGCAUUAUUUAAGUGAUCUAGAUUUAAAGUAUUUUUGGAACUGGACAGAUUUUCAAUCAUACUUGGAUUUUAUGCUUGUUGUUUGGGCGGUAGGAGCUGCCAUAACAUAUCUAAUGCUUUCCAUUGACUGGUUUAUGGAAACGGUUGGUUUUGUGGCCGUUUUUACAGAGGCCAUGUUAGGAGCGCCUCAAUUUGUACGAAACUUUAAAAAUAAAUCUACAUAUGGCAUGAGUAUACACAUGGUACUCAUGUGGACACUGGGUGAUAUGUUUAAGACUGGUUACUUUAUUGCAAGAAAUGCACCGUCCCAAUUUUGGAUAUGUGGCACAUUACAGGUGAGUCUUGAUAUAGCCAUAUUAAUGCAGGUUUGGAUAUAUCGUCAUAACUCUAAACCUCGUGAUGUUCGACGCGGAGAUUAGCAGUUUGCCCCCGAAGAACAACAACAAACACAAACUCAACAACAGCAAAAUUCACACACUAACAACAAUCUUAACAACAACAAUUCCGACAGCAUUAGUCAAUCAAUACCGAAUACAAUUAGCAGUGGCAGCGGCGAUGACCAUCUCUUAACUGCCCACGCCGAUGAUGAAUUCAAUAAAAACUAUCACGACAAUCGUGCAUUUUCAUAUCACAAUAACAACUCACUGAACCGAAAGGGAGGCAAAAACCUAACAACAAAAACCGCCAUAUCCAAAGACGAUGACCAAGAUAAGGAUGGUUUAGAUGUACUAGAUGUGGUUAUUGUCCACAAGGGCUAUAAAAACCUCAAAGAUGAUGGUGGUUUGGCCAACAAUAUCUGCUCUUGCAAGCAACAAAUACUAACGACACAAUUACUAAGUGAACCACGGAAACGGCACAAUGCCACACAGACUCCUACAUCAUUGAUUAAUUGGGAAGAACGUCGCAGUAGGAAGGGUGAUUCCCACAAACCGUGCUAUUGUUGUGAAAAGCAUAGUACGUGUUUGGUGGCGACAAAGAGAAGGGACUAUUGUAAUUGUUCAGAGGUUCAAAGGUGUCAACACCACUGCCAACACACUGUAACACCUACCUCACACUGUUGCUGCUCCGCAACGCACCAUCCUAAUCACUAUUCGCGACAUCAGCAUGCAGCAGUGAUGCCGGGUAAUGAUAAGAAUGUGUCAGCAUCGGUAAUAGACCUUGGUCAUUGGCCAAUUUGUAAUAAAGAUCGUAGUUUCAGACGUCAUAAACGUUGCUCUUCGGGACGCCAUUACCGUCCGUCUCACAUGCAUCAUCUACACAAGAAACAUUGCUCCUCUGUGGGCCAUCUUCCAAAUACCUGUACCAAGUCUUCCUUGGAUUCUAGUGAUGAUCAAAAUCAAAGAUUAUCAUAUUCGGGCGCCAUGCAAGAAAUAGCCAUAGAAAUAGAUGCUGCUACCAUGACCGAAGACAUCACCACAACAGCCACUUCGAACUUUGCUUUUAAAGUGGCAGCCGAUAGCGCCCUAGUACCCAUAAUACGAGCUCCUCUCCACGUUGACAGCGAUGAUGGUAGUAGAGGAAAACGUCUAAAGCGAAGAUCAUCUUUGAACUCCAACACUACCAUAGAAACUGAUGAAUUGUCCAAUGAAGACGUAAUGGACAGUGAUAUGCGACGUUAUACCAUUGGGGGCCGAUGUUAUUGCCAUUGCUGUGAUCAUACGCGUAUGGACGAUGCUUUGGGCGCAAGGCCCAUACAAAAUGAAUGCGUUAAAAUAAAACGCAAACGUUUUAUAGCAGCUGAUGACUAUUGCAGUAGCUGUUCCAGAUGUUCCAGUUGCUCGUGCUCUCAUGUACAUUCUAGUAGUUGCAGCAGUUUUGAAGAAUGGCCUUUAGAAGGCCGACAUUCCGUUCGUUCGGCUCCACAUGGCUCACAUGCAUUCACAGUGUCAGCCGAUUGUCAUCAUUGUCAUCCACUGAGGCAAGCUUCUCAGACGAGUACAGAAGAUUUGGAGGGCCAAGAACACGACCUAAAUGGUGAAGUAGAGGAAGAGGUCCAACCCCAACCUUUAGUCCAAGAAACCACCGAUAGUUCUGCACGUACUAGUCGCCGCAGCAGUGUUAGCAUUAGUUUUUGUUCCUGCAACUCUAACACUUGCUGUUGUUGCAGUGGCAGCUGUGAAGAGUCCCAUACCGGUCACAUGUGUACUGCCAGAGAUGCUACAAUAGCCUCUUUAACAUUAUGUAAACUUGGUGCAUUCGAGGGUGAAGAAGGACACUCCAGUACCUUAACACCGCUGACAAAUCCAUCCUCCGUUGUGUCCACACCCGGAGAUGAAGGAGAUGUUACCAUACGUAGCUUAAGUAAUGCUUUCUCUGAAGAUACCUCUUCCCAAAGUCAUUCUGCCGAAUAUUUUUCACUAUCCUCCACCAACCAAUUAUCACAGGGAACACCUCGUAAAUUACCAACAAAUAACAACAACUCGUCUACACCAACUGCUGGAACUGGUGGCGCCAUUGGUAUACCCAAUGUGGCGGUCAUUGACUCGACAACUAAUACGACCACAAGUCAGGGAGAUGAUGCAAAUGGCCAUAAAGGCCGUAAACCCUGCAAACACUAUAGUAAACAUCAUCGUCACAAACGGGUGGAUUCGCCAGUCGACUCAUACUUAUGACGAAGUGUUUCGCUGGUCACUUGGCCAGCCAUUGAUGUAAAUUCUUUACUACAACAAACCAUACGCCAAUCAGCCAUCCUACAAGAAUCGAUAAGCACAACCAGAGAAGCCGAUAAGAAGAAGGAUUUACCAUCGACAGGGAAAUUGAAGAGGAAAUCGCCUCAGCACUUAUCUGCCGUACAACAUCAGCAGUACCAUCAGCAUCAUCGUGAUUUAUCAAUAGGCAGUAAUGAUUCAUCCUCAGCUACUCUAACCUCGAUUGUAACCAUUGCGAAAUUUCCACCACAAUCGUCGUCGACUUCUUUGCAUACAUCUCGGUCUCUGUCACUAUGUUCGACACCGCAGCAGCCAUCGAUACAAUCGUUGUCGGCUGUAACGGCAAUACGUGGUAGCAAUGGCUCGGCUGUAGUAACAACUACAGCCUCCGCUCCAAGUACAGGUCGGGUUAAACGCACUUCAAAGUUUUCACCAUUGGCAGCAGACGCUUUCAAUUGUGACCCAUUGCUUAAUGCGGCCCAAGAAAGACGUUCUACCGAGAUCAUAUUAUAGCAACUUUGCCAUCUUCGACGUAUUCUGCCUAAACCAAAAAUUGCUUCCUUUAUGUGGUAUUGGUGUUUCUUAACAUAUUAAGUUUGUUUUAGUAGAUUAUACUAUAAUUAUAAUUCAGUUCUAUUCCAUUUUGAAUAUUUUCGAUCCUUAAAUAUUAUUCAUAUUAGGUGAUAGUUACUUUUGGAAUAGUUACUGAUUUAAACCAAAUCAAAGGCUGUGCAUUAAUUUUUCAACAAAAUUAAAUUUUAUUAAGAUUAAUAACUCUUUAUACAAGUAGUUACGAGUCUUAUACACUGCAUACUACAUACAUACAUAUUUCUAAUUCUGCCAUAUUUCCUAAUUCUAAAUUUUCAUUCUACGCUGCUAUGUAAAUUGUUUUGUGCUACCUAGUAAUGCUAAUAGUUUAAAAACGUUUGAAAAUUUAAUUACAAAUGCGAAUGUUGUUGUGAGAUUGGAUAUUAAUUCGAAAUUCAAAAAAAAAAAAAAAACUGUGUAUUUUGUAAUCUUUGUUGUUUCUCGGGGGUUAUUUUUAUAAAAAGUAAACGAAAUUUAUGGUUUUAAUAAAUUCCGUAAGCUUGAUUUCUAAAUAAACAUAUUGUACAUUUCAUUGUAAAAUAUCAAAGUUUUAGAAUUAAUUAUAAUUAUAUUAAAAGAAAUAUUGUUAAAAUCUAUUUGAAUAAAAAAGGAUAAAAUGUGUUGCAUUUUAAAAUGAAAGUUGUAAUGAAAAAUUAGUUAGAGAAAAAAUUGUGAAAUUAAAUAUUUCAAACAAUUUUAGUUUUAAAGUGAACUGCAGAGAUUAAAAAAAUAUUGCAUGUUAAGUCUUUCUCAUAGAAAUUUUUAGGAGUUUUCUAAAAGAUAUACAUACAUAUAUUUUUGAGAAUUUAUUUCUUUUUUUUAAAGAAAUUUCCAAACAAUUUGAAAUUUUCUGGAAUUGUUUCUGAUAGAAUGAUUAUUACACUUCCGUUUAUAGAUAAAUGUAAAUUAAAACUUUAAUCUUUUUUUAUAAAAUUGAAAAUUUUAUUCUCUAAUAUUUAUUUUCACAUCGUUUAAAAUGCAAUGUUUUAAUAAAUCUAAUUUAUUUCUCUGCUAAAAAAUACACUCGCAGCCAAAACAGCUAAAAUUAGUUCAAAUUUAACGUCCUUAUUUUUUAUUGUACCAAGUUUUUUUUGUAAAUCAUUAUUAUUAUUUUAAUUUUUUUUAAUAAUUAAUUUUUAGUUUAAUAUUUCUUUAAUAAAGUAAUAAAACAAUAAACAUAUCCAUACUAGAACAAUUAAAUUAUAAUUUUACACGAUCUCUGACAAAGAAAAUAUAAAUAAAUCAAAAUAAUAUUUAUAUAGACAACUACCUAAUAUAUAAUAUAAAACUUUAAAUCAGAGACUUACUAAGAAUUUAUUAGUUUUUUAUCGUUUUAUUUAAUUAAAACACACACCACAUAUUCAUAUCAUUUUUUUCUUCGAUUUGUUUAAGUUUAGAUAAUUUUUUUUUAAUUUAAAUUUAUAUUUAAAUUUUUAUUAAUACAUAUUAAUAUUAUAAUUUUUCAAUAGCGUUAAGUAUACAAAACAAAGUUUAUAUAAAUGUUAAUAUAAAUUUGAAAAAGAAGAAAUAUAAAACAAACAAAUUAUAAUCUCGUAAAAAAUCUUAAA